AUUUCAAACUACUUUGAAGUUUUAAACGGUUACCGUGUUUAACUGAAUUCUUGAUUUCGAAGUCUUUAAGAUUGGUUUAAGUGUGAGUGUAAAAUGGAAACACCUCGUUCCCGAGAAAAUUCGAUGGACAGAAGCCGUGAAUCUGUACACGUCUUUUGCAGACUAAAACCAUUAGAAAACGAGACAGAAACUUCUAUAAAACUACUAUCACCAACUACAUUAACUAUACGUUCGACUGCAGAUAAAUCUACAAAAAGGGAUGUACAUUACAUAUUUAAUCAUAUUUUCACAUCAUAUUCUUCUCAAAAAGAAAUUUUCGACCAUGUCGCUUUGCCCCUUCUAGAAGGUGUCAUUAACGGAAAGAAUGGUUUACUCUUUACAUACGGGGUCACAGGGUCUGGUAAAACAUACACUUUAACAGGUGAGCCCAAUAACCCUGGAAUUAUGCCUCGGUGUAUAGACACAUUAUUUAAUACAAUUGCAAAUUUUCAAACACAAAAAUAUGUGAUAAAGUCUGAUAAAAUGAAUGGGUUUGAAAUUCAGUCAGAGAGUGAUGCUGUUGAAGACAGAUUUAGAGAAACUAGAACAAAUAAAAUAUCCAAAACUAAUCGAAGAGCUAUGGGAGACUGUAAGUCUUACUAUACAAACGAUGGUUCUAGACUUACAAACUUAAACGAGAACAGUUUGUACUGUGUGUUCAUUAGUUACAUUGAAAUCUACAAUAACAUUGUGUUUGAUUUGCUUGAUGAGUCUACUUCCACAAGACCAGAAUCGAAAAUUUUAAGGGAAGAUUCUCAAAAAAACAUGUACGUCAAUGGAAGUGUCGAAUUAGAAGUUAAAUCAGCAGCAGAAGCCUACGAACUAUUUUUCAAAGGGCAGAAGAGAAAACGUAUGGCUUACACGGCACUUAAUGCAGAAUCUAGUCGCAGUCACUCAAUUUUUAAUAUUCGUAUUGUGCAAAUAGAACAAGUUGCACAAAAUAGUCAUGGACAAGCUGCAGUUCCAGAAAAUAAUAUAAUGAGGGUGGGACAGUUGAGUUUAGUGGAUUUAGCAGGUUCAGAAAGAUGCAGUCGGACACAAACUACAGGUAAAUAA